ACAAAAAUCACAAAUUAUUCCCCUAAAAAAAAACCACAUAUUAUAUUCCAUGCACACUCAUUUACACGUCCACUUCAAUUACAAAUUCUUUUUUCUGGUUGCAGCUUUUGACAAGAUCCUAAUUAGAAAUUUCCCUUUAUGCCUUUUCCCACAAGAUCCCCACCUCACUAGUUUGUGUCUUUCUUUAAAUCCAAAAUAUUGUGUUUGUUUUGUGCUACACCUUCCCUUUUUAUUGAAGCACCUUCUCUAUCAAAUUCUCCUCUUCCACUAAAUUACCAAAAAUCAAACCCCUUUAAUUUCCAUCUCUUAAUUCUUCAAUUUCAUUAAUAAAAAAAACAUAAAUCUUUCAUUGAUAUUAUGGGGGCUGGUAUUUCUACCAAUGAUGAUCAUGAAGGAUAUCUUUCAUAUUCAAAGACUUGUUUAGAUGAUAUUCCAGAAAGCUGCAUAUCUUCCAUAAUGAUGAGGUUGGAUCCUCAAGAGAUUUGUAAAUUGGCUAGAGUCAACAAAACUUUUCAUAGAGCUUCCUCAGAUGACUAUGUUUGGGAAUCUAAGUUGCCUCCAAGCUACAAGUUUCUUGUCAAGAAAAUUCUUGGUGAAGAAAAACUUUGUUCUAUGACCAAGAAAGAGAUCUAUGCUAAAUUAUGUCAACCUAAUUUCUUUGAUGGUGGUACAAAAGAAAUUUUGUUGGAUAGAUGCAGUGGACAAGUUUGUUUGUUUAUUUCAUCAAAAUCUUUCAAGAUAACUGGAAUAGAUGAUAGAAGAUAUUGGAAUUAUAUUUCCACUGAAGAAUCAAGGUUUAAAAGUGUUGCAUAUCUUCAACAAAUGUGGUGGGUUGAAGUAUUAGGGGAACUAGAACUUGAAUUUCCAAAAGGGAACUAUAGCAUAUUUUUCAAGCUUCAAUUGGGCAAGACCACAAAGAGAUUGGGUAGAAGAGUGUGCAACCUUGAACAAGUACAUGGUUGGGACCUCAAGCCCGUUAGAUUUCAACUAUCUACAUCCGACGGUCAGAAUUCACUCUCACAGUGUUAUAUGAAUGGGCCCGGAGAAUGGGCCUACUAUCAUGUUGGGGACUUUGUAAUUGAGAAGCCCAAUGGGCUAAUAAGCAUCAAAUUUUCUUUGGCCCAAAUUGAUUGCACACACACCAAAGGUGGUCUUUGCAUAGAUGGGGCAGUGAUUUGUCCCAAGGAGUUAGCACAUAAGUUGAAGCAAUUUUAGCUAAAGUAUACUCAAUAUUGCUUUUUCAAAUUAAGCACGUUUGUAAGACCAAAUAUAGGUCUUUGUGCAUUUCUUUUUGUUUAUUAUUUAAGAUUUUUCGGAUCAAAGAUCAUGGGGGAAAAAGGUUGUUGAAGAAAAAAUGUUGGAUUUUGGGACCAAAUAACCUUGGAUCUUGUGUGAUGAGUGCCCCUACUUUUGUGUAGGUGUGAGUGUUCUUUUUCUAACUUGUUUGAAGGAAAUAGGAUUGUGAAAAAUAGUGCUAAUUGUUGAAGCUGUUAAUGUUGUAGAGAUUGAUUUGUUGUAAUUCACUUUUGUGUCUAUUGCCAUAAUAUGUUAUGAUGAUCUACUCAUGUACAUAUGAAAAUGGUGCACUAUUUUCAAUGUUAAAAAUGGUUGUGUUGAUUGUAAAAAAGAAAAUGGCUGUGUUGUAUCUU